AUGCGACAGGAUCGGAGUUUUCCUUUUCCGUCUCCCCUCCCUCAAUUCCACCCGUCUUCUACCCACUCCCCCACCUCCAGGCAGCCCCAUGCGGUUCCUCAGCUCCCCCCAUUCGUGCCCCGCCAGUCAGUCUCCCCCAUACAGCAAUCCAUGCGUACACCCCUUUCCCCUUCCCCACCUCACCACCGCUCCCCACCUCCCGCCUCCCCUUCCCCCAACUCCCCCAAUCUCUCCCCCCCUCUCACCCUCCCUCUCACCCUCCCCCAUGCCGCCCCACGUGGUGCCCCCGCUCCCCCCAGUCAUGCUCCGCCAGUUUGUGACAACCGCAACCCAGCCCUGGGCAGGUCGGUGGUGAGGGUGGCGACUCACGUGGGCAUUCCACACGACUGCUGA